AUGGAAAUUACACCUGUUGCCACGCCAGUCACCACUAUCACCGCCAACACCGCAUCUCUCGAACCCUCCCCUGUGGUUACGACCACCCAGUAUCCUACAGCUCAAGUCGUCAAAGACACCCGCAGCCCAAUCAUCGACCUCGGAGCCUUAUUUGAUCACCAUUUUGUCGUUAAGACGCUCAAAGCCAGGGACUUCCCCCUCUUGGGUCCCACCACUACCCCUUACAGCGGAUAUGAAAAUGGUGCCUUCGAUCUCUUCAAACCCAUCGUAAAUUUUGCCAAAAAAAAUUUCAAGCCCUCGCGAAGCAUAUGUGAAGUUUUGCCCGCUGAUUAUGAAAUGGAACAUAUACGCAAGACCCUCAAAGGCUCUGACCAGGUUGCUGACGACUAUCACAAUAAAGAAGAUGAUAUUGUCGAAACCCCUGAACCAAGCAUUUUUGAUCCCGCCGAUGAAACAGUUGACCCGGUCGCCUCCUCGCCAGGCAAGCCUGUUAAGAAGAAUGUCAAAGCCCAAUCUGAAAUCAGCACCGUCGAGGAUACACCCUCGUCGCCAGUAGCUCAAUCGUCCGCAAGCCCGUCGCCGCCACUGUUCCCUCAAUCGGAUGUCAUGUUAUUGCCGGAUUGGGCCACCGUUGCGCUGUCAAUUUGGGUCUUGGGAACCAUGUGCUCAUGA